AGGCGAGACGGUGCUGAAAGUGACGCAGAGUACGUGGACCUGCAACAACGACUAACUUUGAAACCAAGUGGAAUAGCUUGUGGAGGAAUGGAAGUUAGCUGUUAAACCAAAUGUAAAUUCAAUUCAAAAUCGUGUGCCUAAGUGCCUUACAGUGUUGGUGUAUAAUCUGAUCGUGAUCCUUUGAACCAGUUUGAAACAAACUCGAACCGAACGGUCGUUCUCUUGUAUCGGAAACUCGUCUACAUGUCCUAAUUGGACCCAAGUCAAACUGAAAGAACACCCGCCACAGCCGGGAAGGCGAAAACUUUCUGCCACGUGUGCGCCCGCACUUGAGUAGAAAGGAGCAUCUACGGAAAAUUUGAGCUCCGGCAUUACCAAGCCGUGCGAAUCCUGCGAUCCGUAACCUUUCAAGGUUUCCACGAGAAGGGGAAGAAAGCUCAAACUGCUUGCAAAACAAACACCCACAAUUCACGGCGAGUUUCUCCACGGUUACUUAGUGGCGUUGUGCCUUUAGUUUAGUGGCAUUUGUGCAGUGGUAUCAAUUAAACAAACCCACUCGGGAAACUUUGGAAGGGCCGGGCGAUGAAGCUGAAUUGAAUUUAUUUCCAAACGCAACAAAAACACUGUCCAACCCAAACGGUUUGGAUGCAGCUGCCAAAAUCAAUCUACUGGUGCAAUUUCCCUUUACGAAGGCUACCAUCGGGUCAGUAAUUGAAGACAAUUAGUUAAGUCAACGGCUUUCACAAUCGCCACCGUUUCUUACGUUAGCCACGGCUAAAAGGGGCCAACUUUCGCACAAGCUAAAGUGCAGUGCAAUUUAUGCAGUGUUCCCAAACGUCCCAUUUUUGGGCGUACAAGUGUUCGUGCUGUGUGAUUGUGUGCUUGUGUGUGUGUCUGCAUAUACUGUGAGCGAUAGCAGGAGCAAGAGCUUAGCGAAGGAAGCCAAAACAUUUCGUAAAGCACGAUGGGUUGUGCUAGCAGUUCUCCGUUAAUCAACGGUGGCGGUCCCGGUGGCGUCAUCGAGACAGCCAAAGAAGCGGCCACCAAAACCGCGUCCGACGUGCUGCAUGCCGGCGAAGCGGCGAUCAAUGACGUCGGUGAGCAUGUGAAGGGAGCCGUCCAAAACGUUACGCACGAGCUGGAAAACGUGCUGGGUGGCAAAAAGGACAACAAAUCCGAUCACGUCAACGAGGACGACGGCCACGAGCCAGCUACGAACGGGCACGACGGUGGGGACAACCCGGACUACCAGAUCAUACGGCUGAAGGGCUCGAAGCAGAACAGCGUCGAGGAGACGGAAAAGAUGGAAAACGCGAAGAACGACCUGCUCACCAAGGCGCAAAGCUUCGGCGACGAUACGGACCGGAUGGCGGACGAUCUGAUGAAGGAAACGGAGGAGCUGAUGCGGGACGCUGAGACGGGCAUUGCACACAGCGAGAUGACGACGCGCAUCACCUCCAACGAGGACGGUACGAUCGAGAUCCUUAACCUCGAAGGUAAUGCGCCCAAGUUCCCGAACCACUCGAUUGACAGUUUGCAAACUACUUCACCAGAGCCCGAGAUCGAGCGGAUACUGGCCGGCGCUGGGACGGAGGAGGAAGGCACCGCACCCGAUUCACCCAAAGCAACGCUCAACACACUGUCCGUGCCCGCCGUCAAGGAGGAGGGAAUGCCGAUGGACGCGAUGCCACCAGCCGCGGACAAGGCGGACGUGUGAGUACGGUAGUGCCAUGGCGUCUUCGCUUCGACAAGUCUUUUCAUAUUACAAUCAAGCCCGAUGUCCUUUGUACACUCCACCUUUUCACACAUCCCGUACACCAACACACCGACAAGUGCAGUCCAUUGGAACAAUGGAUUAUUCCUUUAGUACAUCACACACUCCCAAAAACUCCCUCCUGUAUGUCGCAUCAUUUAUGCAUUGGAAAUUCAAAAACCAAACACAUUUCCAUUUCCUGCCCUGUACAUUGUAACAAAACUCCUUUGCGAAAUAAUUUGAACAGUUUGAAAGUUUUUCACACAAUUUCAGUUGGUUACGGGAUGUGCCGGAAAUUUUCUAACGAAUCAUUUUUUCGAUGUAGUUUUACAUUAGAUUCCUCUAGCUCAUUCAAUGUGCGAUACAUGCGUUUCAUCUGGAUUAUUGUAAAUAAACCUUUUACGUGUAAGUAAUUGUAAAAAGAAAAGUUUGAAAAUAAAUGUAUUAUUGUGUUA